UUUCCCUCUGUGCAUUCUGGGUUCCUCAUGAGCGAAGCUGGCUCUUGUUCCCUCUCCGGAAUCUGAGGAAUUUGGGGUUUAUUUUUUACAAACAAACAGAAGACCUAUACGCCUCUUCUUACUAGUGCACGGGGUUCCCACGGAGUUGGAAGUAAGAUUCAGAUAAGGUUGAAACGCAGUUUAUAAUGUCUCAAGCUGACAAACUGAAGCAGGGCCAGUUCACAAACCCAGAAACCCCCGGGUAUGUGGGAUUCGCCAACCUGCCCAACCAGGUCCACCGUAAAUCUGUGAAGAAGGGCUUUGAGUUUACCCUCAUGGUCGUGGGGGAGUCUGGUUUGGGAAAGUCAACCCUAAUAAACAGCCUGUUUCUGACAGACUUGUACCCAGAGAGAGUCAUCCCAGGAGCUGCAGAGAAAAUCGAGAGGACCGUUCAGAUUGAGGCAUCGACAGUGGAGAUUGAAGAGCGUGGAGUGAAAUUGAGGCUAACUGUUGUGGAUACACCAGGAUAUGGAGAUGCCAUCAACAGUCAGGACUGUUUCAGCACAAUUAUUGCCUACAUCGAUGACCAGUUUGAGCGGUACCUUCAUGAUGAGAGUGGACUGAACCGCAGGCACAUAGUGGAUAAUCGAGUGCACUGCUGCUUCUACUUCAUCUCUCCACUGGGACAUGGAAUGAAGCCUCUGGAUGUCCAGUUCAUGAAGGCCAUCCACAAUAAAGUGAAUGUUGUCCCUGUCAUCGCCAAAGCAGACACCCUGACACUGAAGGAGAGAGAGAGACUGAAGCGCAGAAUUCUAGAUGAGAUUGAUGAGCAUGGCAUUAAGAUCUAUCACCUCCCUGAUGCUGAAUCUGAUGAAGAUGAGGAUUUCAAAGAACAGACCCGCAUCCUUAAGGCUAGUGUCCCAUUUGCGGUGGUGGGGUCGAACCAGCAGAUUGAGGCUAAAGGGAAGAAGGUACGAGGACGCCUGUACCCCUGGGGUGUGGUAGAGGUGGAGAACCCCGAGCACAAUGACUUCCUGAAGCUUCGCACCAUGCUCAUAACCCACAUGCAGGACCUUCAGGAGGUGACACAGGACCUUCACUACGAGAACUUCCGCUCCGAGCGUCUCAAGAAAGGCGGCAGGUUGUCUUCCCAUGGUUUCCUUCUGCCUCUGUCUCCUGCGAAGGGUGUGGAGACUGAGGAAGUGGACAAGGACAUGAUCCUGAUGGAAAAAGAAGCUGAGCUGAGGCGAAUGCAGCAGAUGAUUGCAAAGAUGCAGGCCCAGAUGCAGAAGCAGGGAGACGGGGACACCGACAGUGUAUAAAGAUACAGACCAGUCAGCUCAGUACCGAGGACAAGGUGUUUCAAAGAAGCCAAGGCCCUCUUUCGACUGAGGAUCUGCUAUACAGUGUUGACUGUAUUCAACCCUCUCACUGCUUUCUUCAACCACUUGUGUUAGUACUCUGUAUUCAUUUUAGAAGCAAUGUUGUGUCUUGUGUUUUCACUUUUAUUUUAUUAUGUUUAAUUAUUAUGAUUAUUAUUAUUAUUUGCAUAACAGUAUGGAUAGUUAUUCAACAGGAGCCAAAACUUUUAAAAAAGAAGCCAAAUGCUGCUACAUUUAAAGCUGCCUUUUGCUAUCUACUUGUUUUCUGGUCUCUGUAGUCCAGCUAACCAGUGCAUUAUGAAUAACAGAUCCUGAUCAAAGUGUGUGAUUAGAUUCCAAGUCGACCCUAGUUGGUUACAUUUGUCUCUUAAUGCUCAAUUAACUAUUAUGUGAGUUGGUCAGUGAUUGAGGUUUUCUUUUACCAAAGGUCUUUUCAAGCCAGUAAGUUAUGCUACAGUGCAGUUCUCGGUAGAUAGGUCAGUUCAUUAUAAUUGUCAAUAUGAAUUCUCAUAGAGAGUACAAUUUAAAUAGACGGGUGCACGUACACAGAACUGGGUACCAUCAUAAAUUCCCCAGUACCCUUUUGCAUAAUUUCAAAAUCUCUUAGUCACCUACCAUAUUGUACAUAAAAAAAGUUUUCCUGUAUUUAAAACUAUUGAAGACUAAUGUUAUCCAUCGCUUAGGCAUAUAUUUAAAGGCAUAAGGGUAAUGAUUGGCAAAACUAGCUGUUUAAAGAGCUAAUGUUGAUAUCAGGGCAGGUUUUGGGAAGCUUUGUCUACCUCAAGUUUUCCUAUCCAUCUAUACAGGAAUACAGAACUAAUUUUGAGAGGCUUAGGAAUUGAAUGACUGUAUAUAAGGUAAAUACAACAUUUACUAAAAUAAAAUGUGGUGUUCGUUAAUGUUGGUAAUUUACUCCACUCUAAGGAUUUCUGUAUUCGGUGCUAUAAGCGGCUGUGUGCAGUAAGAACGGAUCUCAACUGCACAGGAAAUCCAGUUUGCUUGAAGGAAAGGCAGGACUUGGUUCAGUAGAUGUGGCUGAGGGCCUACCCGAGCCAGGGCACACAUUUGAUGAUUCAAUUUGUUUACUAUAUAUACUUGACCUAACUUCAGAUAACCAAAAGAUAUCUCACUAACUAACCAAGAUGAAAAUCCUGAUAUGUUCUUUCUCCCACAAUUGUAUAUUCCUUAUUAGUUUAUGAUGUAUUUUUCUGUCUCAUAGCUGUUUCUCCUACUGCACCUUUAAUGUGACAAACUAUGGCACACAAACUUUGAAAAUGAAGUCAGUUUUUAUAAUGGUAAUUAGUGUCAUAUCAAUAGUGUAACUGGGAGAACCCACGUUUAUCCAGAUCUACAGGAGAAAGCUCCUGAUUAAUGGUGGCAUUCAUUCCUGUCAGAUAAAUAAAUGUGGUCCCUGAAAGGAAAAUAUUUGUUUUUCUAUGUAUUGUGCUAGAAGCUACCAUUGACAUGAGGUAAAAUGCUGCAGAGUUUGUGCAGGUGAGUUUGCCCAUACCCUCAUGCAGAAAGUAGCCUUUGGGAGGGUAUUGUCUGAAGACAUCCAGCAUCUUUUUUUUUUCUAUUGUGGAUCCUGGAUCACCCAGCUGCCCCCUAAUCCAGAGCCUUCUUACUUGUGCAGUUAACAUUCCACUCUAUCUGUCUUGUUUUUUUUAAUGAUGUACUCAACAAAUACUUAAUGAAUACCUUUUUCUUGUAAUAAAGUUUCUAUUAAACCUA